GAUAAAGUGCUAGAAACACCUGAAAGUGAAAGUGAAAACCCAAUUCAAAACAGUGAAAAACCAGAACAAGUUAACCGGAAUAUCAGUGCUAAGUGAAAAUGUCUCUCAUUCCGAUUGUGUUCCGUGACUGGUGGGAUGACUGCUGGGACACCCCACUGCGUACAUCGCAACUUCUGGAUCAGCAUUUUGGAAGUGGAAUCAGCGCCGACGAUUUGCUGACGGCCCUAACCUCGGCUGCUGCUACACAGUCUGCUUUGCAGAACCAGAGAAGAUCCCGUUACAACAGACCGUGGCGCAAUUCAAAUCUUGCCUCCCUUCAGGACUCUGGAUCAACGGUUAAUGUUGACGACGAUAAAUUUCAAAUAAAUCUGGAUGUGCAGCAAUUCUCACCGGACGAGAUCUCAGUCAAGGCCACAGGCAACAGCGUCAUCGUUGAGGGAAAACACGAGGAAAAGCAGGACGAGCAUGGAUACAUCUCGAGACACUUUGUACGUCGUUACUUGCUCCCGGCAGGACACGAUGCCAAUAAAAUUGUUUCAUCACUAUCAUCGGAUGGCAUUUUGACAGUUCAGGCUCCAAAGAAGGCAUUACCGGAACCAGAAGGACCGAAAGCGAUUCCGAUUGUUCAGACCGGUCAACCCGCGAAGAAACUAGCGGAGGGUGCCGAAAAGAAAGCAGUUGAGGAUGCCAAGUAAACUGUUCAAACUAAUGCUGCUGCAAA